AUGGCUACCAUAUCAAACCAGCCAGCAUCUACAGUUGUGGAUAUGGAUGACAUACAGAUUCCUAUUAUCGAUUUCGCGCCUUUUCUGUCCGGCACGCCAGCAGAAAAGCAUUCCGUGGCCCUCUCUGUGACCGACGCAUUCAGAAACUCAGGCUUCCUAUACCUAAAGGACCAUGGAAUCCCACCGUCGGUGGUAUCCGAGAUAUUCGCCUCCUCAGCACGCUUUUUCGCUCGGCCGCAAAAUCAGAAAGACAGUCUGCGCUGGACCGGUCCCGAGUCCAACCGCGGGUAUAUCGCAACAGGACAAGAGAAACUAGCUCCAUUAGAGGAUACCGCUGGGAUUGGGGACCUGCGAGCUGUCAGUCCAGAUCUCAAAGAGUCAAUAGAAAUAGGACGAGAAGGGGCACCCGGAAUGCCGAACCAAUGGCCCGCCCACAUCGACGAAGAAGGACAGUCCUUCAAACAAACCAUGCUCUCAUUCUUCGAAACCUGCAAGACCCUACACAUGCAAAUUAUGCAAGCGAUCGCCCUAGGCAUGAACCUCCCAGAGCACUUCUUCGAUGAAUUCAUCGACGCAGGCGAUAACAUCCUCCGCCUGCUGCACUACCCACCCGUCCCAAAAGACAUCUUUCAACGACAACCGGGACAGGUCCGCGCUGGAGAGCAUAGCGACUACGGCUCCAUAACGCUGCUUUUCCAAGAUGCUCGGGGCGGGCUGCAAGUGCGCAGUCCGAAGGGGACUUUUAUCGAUGUGACUCCUAUUCCAGAUACUAUUGUUGUUAAUGCGGGUGACUUGCUCGCGAGGUGGGCUAAUGAUGCUAUUACGAGUACGCGGCAUCGGGUUGUUGAACCGCCUGCACCUGUGUCGGCUGCGGAUGAGGGAGAGUAUCCUGCGCGGUAUAGUGUUGCUUAUUUCUGCAAUCCGAAUAUGGAUCAAGUUAUUGAGGCGCUGCCAGGGACGUAUGAUGAGCAAGGAGGAAGAAAGUAUGCGGGGAUCAAGACGUCGGAUUACAUGGUUCAACGACUGGGUGCGACUAUAUGA